UGUCCAUCAUCUGCUGUAUCUUCAUGUUUUUCCUGUUUCUCUCAGAGCUGAAGGGAUUCAUAGCCACUGAAAUUGUUAAUGAGCUCUAUGUGGAUGACCCUGAUAAGAACAGUGGUGGGAAGAUUGAUGUGAGUUUGAACAUCAGUUUGCCAAACUUACACUGUGAUUUGGUGGGUCUUGAUAUCCAGGACGAGAUGGGUCGUCAUGAGGUGGGGCACAUAGACAACUCCAUGAAGGUCCCUCUCAACCACGGAUAUGGCUGUCGCUUCGAGGGAGAGUUCACUAUUAACCAGGUACCAGGCAACUUCCACGUGUCGACCCACAGCGCCACAGCCCAGCCCCAGAGCCCUGACAUGACACACCUCGUACACAAACUGGUCUUUGGGGAGAAACUACUGGUCAGUACAGUUCUAUAGACACCCUCUCUAUCUGAAACUACAG